AGAUAUAUUAGAUAUGAAUUUAGGGAAGAGAAAAGAAUAAAGGAUAGGGUAGAAUACUUCUAUAUUAAGGCUUGCUAUUUGAAUUUUAAUAGAAAGGUAUUUAGGAAGACCUUAAAUAAGUAUACUAUUAAGAAAUUCUAUAGGAUAAAAGAAAUUAUUAUUCUAGAGGUAUUUCCUCUUAAAUAUUACUUAGGCAAAAAGCAAGUAAAGGCCUAUCUCUCCGAAUACGGUCGGAAAUUUCUAUUUAUAAUAGAUAUUUAUUUUUGCGAAUAUAAAGGCAAGGCAUUCUAUAUCGAGAAAGAACAAGUAGAAGUAUAUAUUAAUAGUCGGAUUAUAGUUAAUAUAGCCUGCUUUCAAAAGAUAAAUCCAAACUAUUUCAGGCUAAUAGUCCUUAAUCUAGACUACAGAUUCGACUUUUCGGCCUUCUGGGAUCCGUUUAACUAUAAAUCCUCUAAUAAGGCCUCUAGUAAAGUAUCUUCUAAUAACGGCUUAAUUAUAAUAUCUUUUAAUCUAGUAAGUCUAAUAUCUCCUAACCUACCCGAAAGCAGCGUUACAGAUAAACUCCUCCUUAUUUGCUAUCCUAUAGUACCAGAAUUCAGCCUUAAAGAUAAGAUAUAG